UCUGCGCUCCUCCUCCUCCUCAUAUCUUUUAGCCGCGACCUCUUUUUUCCACCUCCAGAAGAAGGUGUUUAAACUUCCAUUCACAUUGUCUCUGUGGUUUGAAGUUCUCCACAGGUAAACAUGCUCGUCUGGAUAGUGUGUGUCGCUGUGCUUGUUCUUGCCUUUGUAUUCCGCCAUCCACACCUUCUCCAGGAUGUCCAAUUCGUGCGCAAUAAAUUAAAAAUAAGGCGCCUUAUCCAAAAAUACAAUCAGACUAAUUUCUCCAUCCUGGACCGGUUCUCGGAGGCGGUGAAGGCGCAGCCGCACAAGCCGUUAAUUCUCUAUAAAGAGGAGACCUUCACGUACCGGGAGGCCGAUGAGCUCAGCAACAAAGCCGCAAGAGUCUUCCUGCAGAGCGGCCUUGGGAAGGGAGACACUGUUGCGCUCUUCCUCGGGAAUGAGCCGACGUUUCUGUGGCUGUGGUUGGGUUUGGGGAAGAUCGGGUGCUCCGCUGCGUUUCUCAACUACAACAUCAGAUCCAGGUCCUUGUUGCACUGCUUCAGCUGCAGCGGAGCCAAAACCCUGGUGGCUGCAGAAGAGUUACAGGAUGCUGUGGAGGAGGUCCUGCCCAGUCUGUUGGAGCAGCAGGUUACAGUUUUCAUCCUGGCUGACAGAUGCAGAACUGCAGAUGUGCAGAGCUUCAAAAUGAGCCAGGCCUCCUCUGAGCCUAUAUCCAAAGAUUUAAGGUCAAAUGUAACCUUGCAGAGUCCAGCAGUCUACAUAUACACAUCAGGGACAACAGGUUUCCCUAAAGCAGCAGUGGUCACUCACUCCAAACUGUGGACCUUCUCUUUGCUUCUGACUGUAACAGGAGUAAAGCCCGAAGACGUGAUUUAUGUUAGCCUCCCUCUCUAUCACAGCGCCGGCUUACUUGGUUUCACUGGAGCCAUUGAGAGGGGUAUCACGGUGGCUUUAAGGAGUAAAUUUUCUGCAUCUCAGUUCUGGGACGACUGCAGAAAAUACAACGUCACUGUCAUACAGUAUAUAGGUGAAAUUAUGCGUUACCUCUGCAACACACCAAAGAAACUCAGUGAUCGAAGCCACAAAGUUAGACUUGCGAUAGGCAACGGGAUCAGGCCAGAUGUUUGGAGGGACUUCAUCAGCAGGUUUGGAAACAUUCAAAUCAAGGAGUUUUAUGGAGCAACAGAAGGGAACUUUGCUCUGAUAAACUACAGUGGCAAGAUUGGAGCUGUUGGGCGAGACACCUUCCUCCACAAGUGGUUUUUCCCGUACAGUCUGAUCAAGUACGACGUAGACAAAGAUAUGCCUUUGAGGGAUUCUGCUGGUUUCUGCAUAGAGGCUGCUAAAGGUGAACCUGGACUUCUGGUAUGUGAAAUAUCAAUCAGAGCACCGUUCUCGGGUUACGCGAGAGACCUGCAGCAAACUGAGAAGAAGAAGCUCCAUAAUGUCCACAAGAAAGGAGACAUGUACUUCAACACCGGUGACCUGCUGAGCAUUGAUGAUGACAAUUUCAUCUACUUUCAGGAUCGAGUUGGAGACACUUUCAGAUGGAAAGGAGAGAACGUGUCUACAAAUGAGGUGGCUGAUGUCAUCACACAGGUAGACUGCAUUAAAGAAGCCAACGUGUAUGGAGUUGAAGUGCCAGGUCUGGAGGGGAGAGCUGGAAUGGCGGCCAUUACUUUAAGUGAAGGACAGAGAUUUGACUCUGCAGGUGUUUUUGAACAUGUCAAAAACUUCCUGCCGGCAUACGCGAGGCCACGUUUUAUGAGGAUUCAGAGCUCCUUGGACGUUACGGGCACGUUUAAGCAUAUGAAGGGGAAGCUGGUGGGGGAGGGUUUCAACCCAAAUAAAAUAACGGACCCACUCUACUUCCUGGAUGAAAAAGACAAUAAUUACGUCCCACUUACGCUGGACUUAUUCCAUUCAGUUACAUCAGGGAAGAUCAAAAUUUAAAGUGGCUUUCGUUGCUUCUUGUUUGAGAGACAUUAAGAAAAGGUCACUUGUAGAGUUUGUAAUCACUGUGUUGUGUCAGUUAGAAUAGAAGACGCUUCAGAGGUUUCCUGUGCUUCAGUGGAAAGCUGUACAGGUUUACACUUGAGUUGAAUGUGGUUUCUAGACUAACAUAAUAACAGACAUUAAGUAUAAUAUAACACAAUACAACUUACAUUAGUUACAAUCAAAGUUCUAUACAUUUUGUCCACAAGGUAUCAAUAUCAGAUGCAGAUGUAAUUAAUCUUGACAGAGAAUAACGUGGACGGCUUUGACGAUUAACUAAGAGAGCUGUUUGUUGUAGUAAAGUAAAUUUGUAUGAAUUAAUAAAGUCAGAAGUGGUACUAAAUGAAGAGCUGUCAGAUUUUAAAGAGCCGGUUUCUACAGGCGAGCUGAGCCCAAAUGCCAAGUAGCUGAUUGGCUCCUGACGUACAUGUAUAACGCUGUCUAACGAAAUUGAGGGGGGCUACUGUACUUGAACUCCAUGUGACCUGCAAGCCUUUUAACCCACCUGUUUGCACUGUAGCACUCACUAUGUGAUGUUCAGCACUUCUAAGGGAAGUGUUGAGAUUUCUCUUUAUCGCUUUACCUUUGUGAUUUCAACAGUUAUUUUAUAUAUAAAAUGACUUAAAUCCUCCUCCAGAGAGCAUGUUUGAGCUUGUUGCACUGCGCUGUGACUCAUAAUGUAUGCAUUGAUAGCUUCACUUAGGAGUUAAUAAAUAGUAGAAUAAUAAUGAUAAUAAUAAAUAUAAAAUUAAUA